AUGUUCUUGAAUUUCAAUCCACUCAUUCGAAAAAGAAAAACCCUAGUUGGACCUCACACAAUUGAGGUAUUUUUUCAAUUUCAUACAUGUAUUAGUGGAAAUGCGGUUGAAUGUAUUGGCAAAGAGUUAACUUUUGGACUAAGAAGCCAUUUUUAUACACACCCAUGGACUCGCAUGAUAAUAACUGCAUUUUUUUCAUCAUUGUCAACCAGAAACCCUAAGUCUACUCCCAAUUUUUCAUCCGAAUCUGUGGACAUAGAUGCUAGAAAUAAAGAGAUGGGUUCGAAAGAAACUAGGGGUUUGAGUUCAUAUGAUAGUCCUACUGGUGAGAAUGCAGAAAGUUGUAAUUUUGAUGAUGUGGAUGAGCUUGAAGAGUCUGAAGUAGAAGAAGAAAGAGAAAUAGAAGGUGGAAAUGAUAGUGUUGGUGAUUUUAGGUUUUUGAAUUCUUUUAAUAGACAUAGCCAACAAAAUAAAUAUAUUAGUAGAGUUGAAAUUGAUGAAGAUGAAUUAAGACACCCUUUGGUGAAAGAAAUUUGUAGGUUAAUUGAUCUUCGAUCGGCAUGGACACCAAAACUUGAAGGGGAAUUAAGGCACUUGUUGAGAAGUCUGAAGCCUAGGCAGGUUUGUGCUGUUCUGCGUGCGCAGGCCGAUGAACGGGUAGCUUUGAAAUUUUUUUACUGGGCUGACCGACAAUGGCGGUACAAGCAUGACCAGAUUGUAUAUUAUGCAAUGCUUGAGGUCCUGAGUAAAACUAAGUUGUGUCAGGGUGCUAAGCGAGUUCUUCGUUUUUUGUUACGGAGGAAAAUCGAGCGUUGGCCUGAAGCUUUUGGCUAUGUGAUGGUUUCUUUUAGCCGAGCUGGCAACUUGAGGAAAGCAAUGCAGUCCUUGACUGUAAUGCAAAAAGCAGGUGUCAAUCCUGAUUUGGGCAUAUGUAAUACUGCAAUGUAUGUUUUGGUGAAGUGGAAUAGGUUGGAUAAGGCAUUGAAGUUUUUGGAACGGAUGCAAGUGGUUGGAAUCUCUCCUAAUACCGUAACUUACAACUGCUUGAUCAAGGGUUAUUGUGAUGCUCAUCGAGUUGAUGAUGCAUUGGAGCUGAUUGCUGAAAUGCCAUUUAAGGGUUGUUCCCCAGAUAAAGUUAGUUACUAUACUGUGAUGAGUUUUCUCAUUAAGGAAAAAAGGACUAAAGAAGUGAGGCAGUUGAUGGAGAAGAUGCUGAAGGAUAGUAAUUUAUUGCCUGACCAGGUCACUUAUAUUACCCUCAUCCAUAUGCUCUCCAAACAUGGUCAUGGAGAUGAGGCAGUAACAUUUUUAAGGGAGGCAGAAGAAAGAGGAUUUUACAUCGAUAAGGUUGGGUAUAGUGCAAUUAUAAACUCAUUUUGUCAGGAGGGAAAGAUAGAUAGAGCGAAAGGACUUGUGAAUGAAAUGUUGUCGAAGGGUUGCAUUCCCGAUGUUGUGACUUACACUGCUGUUGUUGAUGGGUUUUGUCGUGUAGGGAAGGUGGAUCAAGCCAAAAAAUUGCUUCAACAGAUGUACAGUCAUGGCUGCAAACCAAACACAGUAACUUAUACAGCCCUGUUAAAUGGGCUUUGUCAUAACGGAAACUCGUCAGAGGCGAAAGAGAUGCUGUCCAUGAGCGAGGAGGAGUGGUGGACCCCCAAUGCCAUCACAUAUAGUGUUGUGAUGCAUGGAUUUCGUAGGGAAGGGAAGUUGUCAGAGGCCUGUGAUUUAGUCAGGGAAAUGAUCAGAAAAGGCUUUUUUCCAACCCCGGUUGAAAUUAACUUACUGAUUCAGUCUCUUUGUCGAGAGAGUAGGGUCAAUGAUGCCAAGAAGUUCAUGGAAGAGUGUCUCAACAGAGGGUGUGCUGUUAAUGUGGUGAAUUUUACUUCUGUAAUUCAUGGUUUUUGUCAAAAGGAUGACUUAGAUUCUGCUCUCUCGGUGCUUGAUGACAUGUAUUUGAGCAACAAACACCCUGAUGCUGUCACGUAUACAGCAGUUAUUGAUGCAUUGGGAAAGAAAGGUAGAAUAGAGGAGGCAACUGAAUUGGCCAAGAAAAUGCUCCACAGAGGUUUGAUUCCUACGCAAGUAACAUACCGAGCAGUCAUUCACCGGUUCUGUCAGCUUGGACGGGUGGACGAGUUGUUAAGAUUGUUAGAAAAGAUGCUUUCAAGGCAAGAGUGCAGAACAGCAUAUAACCAGGUUAUUGAAAAGCUUUGCAGCUUUGGAAACCUUGACGAGGCUUAUAAGCACUUGGGGAAGGUUCUAAGGACAGCUUCAAGAAUUGAUGCCAAUACUUGCAACGUGCUUAUGGAGAGUUAUUUGAGUAAAGGAAUUCCUCUGUCAUCGUACAAAGUGGCUUGCCGAAUGUUUAAUAGGAAUCUGAUACCAGAUUUAAAGUUGUGUGAGAAGGUGAGCAAGAGACUAAUGUUGGAGGGCAAAGAAGAUGAAGCAGAUAAGCUCAUGCUACGGUUGGUAGAGCGUGCACGCAUUUCACCUCAGCAUCGACAGGAUGUGCAAAGCUAG